GCCGGCCAAAUUUGGCCUCUCUGCUGCCGGCGACCCCACUGCCUUGGAACCUGCCAGCCCGCCAUCGCCAUGGCCACGAAACGACAUUUGAAUAUGCAUUUUGGGAGGUGGAAAGGAUAGGGUAAGCAGAUAAAUAUCAGAGGAAGUAAAAAAUAUAUUACAUGUGUGCAUGAAGUGGAAAGGCGGCCCAUUGGCUACUGUGGUAAAUAGAAAAAAAAUAAGAAAGACAACUAUUAAUUUUUUUUAAAUAAUACAUAAAUUUACAUAAUUCAUCAAUAGAACAUGUGUUGAUUAGUUCAUAGGCACUUAAAGAAGCAUAUUCAUAUGAUUCAUCAACACAACGAGAUCCCCAUAACUUUCACUUGACGAUAAAUCAUCUGAUUCAAGUCAGAUUAACACCUCAACCGACCAUCUCUUAGCUUUACACAGAGAGUCAACAAUGGUGGAGCCUCUCGAGCAGAAAUUGGCGACUUUUGACUUUUCUAUCUUGUAGACUACUACUACACUAGUAGUGUGUCUGUUAUAUGCUGGAAUGAAGUGGAAAGGUAAAGCGAAUUACUUAAAGGAUUAUACUUCAUUAUUCCUAUUAUUAUUAUUAUCGUUAUCAUCAUCACUACCACCAUCGUGGUCCUUUUGUGUUCGCUUUAUAUCUCCUCGUCAGGAUUUGUUUGUAGAUAUAACCAAUCAAUCUCCCCAUCUUUUGUUAUCGUUGCUUUCCAAUGCAAUGCAUACGGAAGCAGCAAACCUUUUUUUAUCUCUUCAUCUUGUUAUGGAAAAUUAUUGUUGAAUAGUAAACUGGAGCAAAAAUGGGAACACAUGGAGUUUGGAGUUUUUUUAAGCAAAAGAAAAAUCCACAAACGAGCAUUGAGUUUGGCAAUGACGACCGCAAAGGUAAAGACUUUUGAUGGGCCAAACUGCAACCAAUUUUGUACUCUCAUGGACCCGGGACUUCAGAGCCCAAUCUCGGAGUUGUAUUUUUGUUGCUGGAUCUGUUGGCAAGCCCAACAUUUCAUGAAGCGAUAUGGCCCAAAGAAAGAUGAAAAAAAGGAUACGGUGUUAUGUAACGUAUAUCCACAGUUUCAUUUGGGCUGGGUUCCAGUUCAUUGACUAGAAAAGGAGGCCCAACUUUGUAAGAAUUGGGCAAUAGGGAUACGUAGGAGAUGGGCCUGAAUCGGUCACGAUAGUAAAGGCUUAAAAUUAACCUGAAUUGAUCCAUCGGUCCAACCAACCAUUUCACGUUGCAAGGACAGAGGCAGAAACAGAGGAUUUGACAAAAUCAAUCCAAGUUUUUCCUUCGGGCCUUGCUGUUUCCAUCCCUGGCUACAAUCCUCCAAGUAAAGAAAGAACGUACCCGGUAUUCAAUACUCCUGGUCCUGGAUGUACAUAUUCUCCAAUGCUCACAGUAGCUAGCUAAGAUUUCUCAAUUAAUGGAACAGAGGAUGGAAAUUAUCGCAAUUUACAGAUCCCCUGUUUCUGCAAACACCAAUGGCUCUCUCCCUCUCUCUCUCUCCCUCCCUGAAUUUACCAGAAGGACCGAAAAGAGUCAAACCCACGUGUCCUUUUCUAGGUUCCUUCCCACCUCGUCUGAAUUAAGAUAAUGAGAGACCAAAGGUUUUUGUUGUCCGGAGAGCUCUUUAUUUUGAACCUUCGCCAAGUUGACACUGUAGUCACGACUUUUCAAAAGCACUGUAUUGCCUCCUCCUCUCACUCUGCCAUCAAAUUAUCUCUGAGUUUGUCACCGGAUAAACUCAUGUCGAUUGGAUCUCCGUAUUCAGCUGCAGCGCUACUCGUCGCCGUUGUUUAUGCCGUUUCCAUCGCCGGCGUCGUCCAAUUAGCACUUGCACAGAAUCAGACUCGUGCUACCACUGAUCCCGACGAAGCAAGAGCAUUGAACGCCAUUUUCGAGAGAUGGGGAAUCGAAGCGCAACCGGGGCAAUGGAACAUAAGCGGCGAGCUCUGCAGUGGAUCGGCGCUGGGCUCAAGUCCCACCAUCGACGAGCAAGCUUUCAACCCUUUCAUCAAGUGCGACUGCACUUUCAAUUCCUCCACCGUUUGCCGCAUCACCGCCCUGAAAGUAUCGUCUAUGGAUAUUGCUGGUCCAAUACCUGACGAGCUGUGGAGUCUCACCUUGCUCACCAAUCUGAACUUGGGUCUGAAUUUCCUUUCUGGAACCUUGUCUCCAUCAAUUGGAAAUUUGACGCGGAUGCAGUGGUUGAAUUUGGCCACUAAUCAAUUCACCGGGCCAGUGCCUAGAGAGAUUGGGUUGCUUACCGAUUUAAGAUCAUUUGGGUUUGGAUCAAACAACUUCACAGGUUCCCUGCCAUCUGAGCUGGGGACUUUGUCGAGGCUCCAACAAAUGUAUUUUGAUAGUGCUGGAGUUAGUGGCCCAAUUCCUUCCACGUUUGCUAAUUUGACUAGGAUGGAGACUGUGUGGGGAUCAGAUAAUGCUCUUACAGGCACUAUUCCUAGUUUCAUAGGGAAUUGGAGAAGCCUUACAACUUUACGGCUUGAGGGAAACUCGUUUAGCGGACCAAUGCCAUCAUCCUUCUCAAACUUAACUAAUUUGACAGAGUUGAGGAUAGGUGGUAUUACUAAUGGAACCUCUUCUCUGGGAUUCAUUGGGGGUUUGACUUCCCUGUCCACCUUGGUCUUGAGAGAUAGCAGUAUAUCUGGUACAAUUCCAUCUGACAUUUGGGGUGACUAUCCGAAUUUGGGAUUUCUGGACUUGAGCUUCAACCGUCUCACUGGAGCAAUUCCAGCAGCAAUUUUCAAUAUGAGCUCGCUCACUUUCUUGUUUCUUGGGAAUAACAGCCUGAACGGUACUCUUCCUGCUCAGAAAAGUCUGUCACUUGUCAAUAUAGAUGUUUCAUACAAUAACUUGGGAGGGCCAUUACCUUCUUGGACAAAUGGAACAAAUCUUCAGCUGAAUAUAGUAUUCAACAACUUCACAAUAGAUCCUUCAAACACUAAUGGUCUGCCUUCUGGGAUUCAUUGCCUUCAACAAGGGUUCCCCUGCAACAGAAAUAAUCCAAUCUAUUCCCAAUUUUCAGUGAAGUGUGGUGGUCCAGCCAUUACAACCGCUAGUCCACGGCUGACCUACGAAAGGGACAAUGAGACUCUUGGUCCUGCAACAUAUUUCGUGACAGGAACAAACAGAUGGGGAGUCAGUAACGUGGGCUUGUUUGCAGGAAACAACAAUCCUCAGUACACAAGAUUUUCAUCCUCUCAGUUCACCAACACUCUAGACCCAGAGCUGUUUCAGACGGCACGUCUCUCUGCUUCAUCUCUGAGAUACUAUGGCAUGGGGCUGGAGAAUGGUAACUACAACGUCACACUUCAGUUUGCUGAGACCACCAUUGAAAAUGGUAACACUUGGAGGAGUCUCGGAAGAAGGAUGUUUGAUGUCUAUAUCCAGGGAACUCGUGUUUUGAGGGAUUUCGACAUAAGAAGUGCAGCAGGAGGAGUCUCAACCCGUGCUGUUCAGAGGCAGUUUACAGUCCGGGUUUCAGAGAAUUAUAUGGACAUCCAUUUGUACUGGGCUGGAAAAGGUACUUGUUGCAUUCCUGCACAAGGUGUAUAUGGCCCUUCUAUUUCAGCAAUCAGUGCUCUCCCAGAUUUCGUACCAACUGUUACUGACAAUCCUCCAAGCACAGACAGUGGUGGAAAUGAUAACAAGACGGGGAUGAUCGUUGGGAUUAUCAUAGGUGUCUUGGUUCCAUGCUCGAUUUUAGCUAUUAUAAUGAUCGUUAUCAUUCGGAGAAAGAGAAGGCAAAGAGCCUUCGAAGAUGAAGAGCUCCAAGGGAUAGAUAACAGACCUUACACUUUCAGUUACGCCGAGCUGAGGGGGGCCACACAUGACUUCAGUCCUUCAAACAAGCUUGGAGAAGGAGGAUUUGGACCCGUUUACAUGGGAAAGCUUGAUGAUGGUAGAGUAAUUGCAGUGAAGCAGUUGUCAGUUCAAUCUCACCAAGGAAAGAGCCAGUUUAUCACAGAGAUUGCCACUAUAUCUUCCGUGCAGCAUCGCAACCUCGUGAAGCUGUAUGGAUGCUGCAUUGAGGGAGAAAACAGGCUUCUCGUCUAUGAAUAUCUCGAGAACAAAAGUCUCGACAAAGCACUCUUUGGUGAAAGCAGCCUGUACCUCGACUGGCCGACUCGUUACGAUGUCUGCUUGGGAGUCGCGAGGGGUCUAGCAUAUCUUCAUGAAGAGUCAAGGUUGAGAAUCGUGCAUAGAGACGUGAAAGCCAGCAAUAUCUUGCUUGAUUCAGAGCUGGUCCCCAAGAUCUCUGAUUUUGGGUUGGCUAAACUCUAUGAUGAUAAGAAGACUCACAUCAGCACCCGUGUCGCAGGAACAAUAGGAUAUCUAGCUCCUGAAUACGCCAUGCGUGGACACCUUACGGAGAAAGCUGAUGUCUUUGCCUUUGGAGUGGUAGCUCUGGAGGUUGUAAGCGGGAGGCCUAAUUCAGACCCAACUUUGAAUGACGAAAAGAUGUACCUUCUUGAAUGGGCCUGGUACCUACACGAAAACAACCGGGAAGUAGAGCUUGCAGACUCCAGGCUCUCCGAAUUCGACGAAGAAGAACUGAAACGCUUCGUAGGAAUCGCUCUCCUCUGCACGCAAGCUUCCCCUUCGCUGAGGCCAUCGAUGUCCCGGGUUGUGGCAAUGCUAUCAGGCGACAUCGAAGUGAGCACUGUUACAUCUAGGCCCGGAUAUCUAACCGAUUGGAGGUACGACGAUACGACUGGCAGCUUCAUGAGCGACAUUGCGACCAAAGGCACUACAGAUACCAGCCAUUACACUUCAUCCACGAGCACAUCCAUGGUGGCCGAUCCCGAGGUUUCUCCACACAAUGCCUCGAAGCCCAUGCUUCAUGGGAUCAGAGAAGGUCGAUAGAUAGUUUACAACUUGCCAAAAGUCACAUAGGAGGGAAAAUGAGGGAUUGCUAUGUUAAAGCCUUAAAAAGGGAGGAUUGUGUGAUUGUAUCCCUUGCUGUAAUUAGAAAGAUUAGAACUUAGAAGACUGAAUAUAGCAAUAUACCAUGAUUUCAUUG